CUGAGCCAAAGGCAAACACUUAACUGACUGAGCCACCCAGGUGCCCCCUGAAAUGGCUCAUAUUUUUAUUUGCCUUGUAUUCUUUUCCUCUUGCUUGCCGUGAGAACUCUAUUUUCUCAGUAUAGCUAAGUAAAGAGCAAAAUUUAAAACUAUCUCAAGGUGGAAUUUGACCAAGAAUGUCCAUUGAUAGCUUCUCCCUUUAAGCUCCUUCAUAACUUUCCUGCCAGUGUUUGCUGACUAACUUCAAUGAAUCUCUAUUUGGGGAAUUUCACACAGUUCUUUCUCUUUCCUCAGAUUUUAUAUGCAGUAUCCCAACACAUACGUAAGAGCUUAGUGGAAUAGUGUAAAGCUAUACUGUGAACAUAUUUAUUUGAUUGGCAGUAUUUGCAUUCUAUUUCACAAUAUAUCCAUGGUUGUCCUAAUACAGCAACACUAUUUUAAGUUAUUUACUUAACAUUGAGUAAAACUUACCUCUUGGGAGAUAUGCCAUAGUUAUUCUGUAUUCUGGUACAUCCCAUCCCCAAGCCUAGCCCCUUCACCCCAGUUUGAGAAGCCUGACUUUAAUUUUUUCCAUCUAUUUGUAAGGCUGCUCUUACUUCAAAAAAGAUGCAGAUGAGACCUCCACCUGUCUCCCAGAUGAGCAGGGAAGUUUCUGAGGGUCAGAAAGGAGAAUCUGUACCUAACUCCUUGAACACCAAGGGAGGCAUGGCUGCCUGGGUCACUGAAUUUUUGGAAACCAAAAUGAGACAUAAUCAGCUGUGUUGUGAGACACCACCUACUGUCACUGUUCAUGUAAAAUCGGGGUCAAAUAGAUCACAUCAGCCUAAAAAAAACAUUAAUCUGAAGCGUCCUAUUUUUAAAGAUAGUUGUUCAGCAUCUGAAAAAAAUGCGCAUAAUAGCAACAAGUCUAAACGCCCCAAAGGACCCUGUCUAGUUAUACAGCGUCAGGAAAUGACUGCUUUCUUUAAAUUAUUUGAUGACGAUUUAAUUCAAGAUUUCUUGUGGAUGGACUGCUGCUGUAAAAUUGCAGACAAGUAUCUUUUGGCUAUGACCUUUGUUUAUUUCAAGAGAGCUAAAUUUACUAUAAAUGAGCAUACCAGGAUAAAUUUCUUUAUUGCUCUGUAUCUGGCUAAUACAGUUGAAGAAGAUGAAGAAGAAUCCAAAUAUGAAAUUUUUCCAUGGGCAUUAGGGAAAAACUGGAGAAAGCUGUUCCCUAAUUUCUUAAAAUUAAGGGACCAACUCUGGGAUAGAAUUGACUAUAGGGCUAUUGUAAGCAGGCGAUGCUGUGAGGAGGUUAUGGCUAUUGCUCCAACCCAUUAUAUAUGGCAACGGGAACGCUCUGUGCAUCACAGUGGAGCUGUUAGAAACUACAACAGAGAUGAAGUUCAACUGCCCAGGGGACCUAGUGCCACACCGGUAGAUUGUUCACUCUGUGGUAAAAAAGGAAGAUAUGUUAGACUGGGAUUGUCUUCAUCAUCUUCAUCCAGUGAUACAGUAGAGGUGAUGGAGAAACAUUCUCAGGAAUCACACAACUCCUUCUCAAUGGACAUAGUAGUCGAUCCUUCUCAAGCUUAUAGCUAUUCUCAAGCCAAUGACCAUCAAUCAAAGAAAGAAAAGAAAACUAAUUUUAUGAAGAAAGACAAAUCUAUGGAGUGGUUUACAGGAAGUGAAGAAUGAGAUGGCUCAACUAAACCAACUUGGAAGCAUUAACUACAA